CGAAUGUUGGAAGUGAAAAGACGGUCUUUCUCAGUCAGUUUUCGUUUCCUUUUGUCCUUUCUUCUCCAGAGAACUACGCCGACGCUGGGCUGCAUUCAGGGCAAGAACAGAGACACAAGGCUCUCUGGCGCCUUCGGAGGAUUUCCAGUGAGAAAACAAAGGCUUUCCUUCUUAUCACCUUCCGCGAUGGCGCAUUACGGCCUUCUCUUCGCUAGAGGCUGGUUUACCAAGAGCCUCGGCGCGACAGUCUUCGGACUCAUCGGAGUUCACCAGCUCGCGAAAAAGUACUACGACAUACCCACCUACCGAGAUUUCAACCUGACCAAUUGGUCUUACGCUCUGGAGAGGGAGAACCUGCGUCGACAAGGGAUUGACCCUGACAGCGUCGAUUUGACGGGGGAGAACAACGCAUGAAGACUGGAGAGGUUGUUCUUCGGGGUUUUUUGCUUGAAGCGGCUCUUUCCUUUUUGGUGGGCUCACCUUUCAUCACCCGGUCGUCCACUGCGCGUUUUCUUGUUCCGCCUUCUCGGAAAAAGAUUCGACAGACCAGGGAAUGGAGCGACGGGAGCGAGUGAUGUGAGUCCUUUCUCUUGUCUGUUGCCGAGAGACGGGGAGAUACGGACGAAAGGACGUUCAACUUCUGCCGCAGAUGGAGGCGCGACCAACGCGAGCACAUACAGCCUGCAUGGCAGGUGUCUCCUCUCGAUCUGAAUUUGUAAAGAUAAUUGCUUGUAUAUGUGUAUGAUGACAUAUAUAUACAUAUAUAUGCUUCGCCUUCUUUUUCCUUGACCGUGUGAGGAACGGAGAGACGCACUUCUUCAACCUCCAGCGCUCUG